AACUGCAUCUUCUCUACCAUGGAAAAUAAGUUGCGUUGAAAACGAUUUGUCCUGAAGUGAAAAAUUAAUGAAAUCUAUGAAGAUCUUCAUGGGAAAAAAAGAACAGAAAUCCGAGCAUCCAUCAUGAAGUGAUAGAAUCACAAGAAAGUGACUUCAGAGAAUUUCUGGACAAAAAGCAGGUGCAAGAAGUACAGAUUAGCCCCCUUGUCUUAAACCACAGAGACAUCCUAAGCAGUGGGAGCAUUAGCUGCUGUGAAAUGACUCAUGCAGGGGUUGAAGGGGAACCAUGAUGCUGGACACCACACAAAGAACCGUGAUCUCUGUGGGGUCUGCAGUGAAUGUGUUAACCUGAGGGCAUGACCUUUUUUCACACAGAAGGUUUUUUUAGAAUCAGCUGAGUCAGAAAGGGGAUUAAAACACAUUCUGCACCAAAAGCCACCUCUUCACAAUGCCUACGUGUAAAACAAGCCUGUGGAGGAACUGCACAACGGUAGUUGUGAAAGAAUGAGCUCAUUGCCUAGGAAGACUCAUCCCCAGAAGGCAGGGCUUUGAAACCAUAUAAAAGUUCUCAAAUCUCCGUGCUCCACCAUCCACUCGACUCUGUGCUUCUCCCUGUCGACUGGUUGGAUAAUCUUGUUUCCUGCAAAGAUGUCUCUGAAUCAAACACAAAUCAAGCAGGAAAUCAGCCUCCCACCUGGCUUGAGCAAAACAGUUCCAAAGCAAAGCCAAGAGCCUGUGCCACCUGCUGAGCCGGUCCCAUGUCCACAGCAACAACCUGAAGUCCAAGAUCAAACACCUUGCCCAGGAUCAGUCCCAGCAGUAGUGGUACCAGGCCCAGAAAAAGCGGUGCCAUUGCAAACACCGGAGGUGGAACCAGGCAAGGGAGAAACACCAGUGGUCAUAGUACCCGAGCACCCACCCCAGGAGCAGCAGAAGCAACAGCAAUGCAAAGUACCGCCAGCUUUCCCGCCUGCAUCAGACCCUGAGCCUGUUCCCGAAGAUAAAUCGUUGUGUAUAGAGCUGCCUGUGACAAUUCCUGUUUCCUGCUCUGAACAAGCUCCAUGUGUGCUUGAGAAGCCCGAGAGCAAGGAGAUUCCUGUGCCAGUUCCUGUUACCUGCUCGGAGGCUGCAGUGUGUGCCCAAGAGAAGCAGCACUGCAAGGAGACCCCUGUGCAAAUCCCUGUUCCUUGCCCUGAACCUUCACAAUGUCCCCAGGAGAAGCAGGAGUGCAAGCAGAUCCCCGUGCCGGUCCCUGUUGUGGACCCUGAACCCACACCAAGCACCCAAGAAAAGCAGCAGUGCAAGGAGAUCCCUGUGCCAGUCCCUGUUCCAAGCCCUGAACCUGCACAAUGUCCCCAGGAGAAGCAGGAGUGCAAGGAGAUCCCUGUGCCCGCCCCACCCCCUCCAGAGAAGCAGGAGUGCAAGGAGACCCCCGUGCCGGUCCCUGCUCCCUGCCCUGAGCAAGAGAAGUGCUCCCUUCCAGAGAAGCGUCCUCCCAUCGAGCAGCAGCAGGUGAAGCAGUCCAACCAGUGGCCACCAAAGCAGAAGUAACUUCCAGGUGACAAAGGAAGCCCUGAAGAGAGAAGAUUGAAAACCCAGACCUCUUCUCCCCGUGUCUCACAAUCAGAGGUCAUUUUCCAACACCCUUUUUAUUCACUGCAGAAUUUCUGUUCGGAAGCACAGCUCCCCCCCUGCAGCUAAUGCUAGCGUUAUCCUAUACUAACACCCAUACGCUGACAUGUCGGGACUGUCAAUAGAUCAUAACGCUUCAAGUGGUGUCGCAGGCAUGUGUGUUCAGCUUUCCAGCAGCCUGAAUUUCUGCCCUCUCCCAAUCAUCCUCCUGGCUUUUAAAGCCCCAAAAGCAUGAUGGCAUGCUUGAGUCAGGGUUCAGUACACUAAAUAUGCAAACCUAACCCGAAAGCAAUUAGGGACAUAGAGCUCAUCAUCCAAACCUGCACAGAGCCUCCUGGUUUUCAUGCUUUCCUCCCCAGCUCCCUGUACGCAAAUCCCAUCUCCCACCUUGCAUUUAGGGGGUUUGCCUAUUAAUAAUAGGAUUUGAGGUUUGUGCAGAACCUGCUGCUAAGGGGUUCUGGUCAAUAAUAACAAGACUUUCUGAAUCAUGAAUCCAUAAUUUUGAAUAUUUUAUGCAAUUAAAAAAUCCAUUGGGCUAGAGGAAGCAGAUUUUUCCGAAAGAGCCAUCACUCCUUAAUUACCUGCUUAGCUGAACUGGUAGCGCUUUCCUCUGACAGCUCACUUUGGAUUUUCUAGGAUGAGUAGAAGAACAGCUUGAGCUGAGACUCUAUGGAAAUAAAUAUAUACCUAAUUAAAUCCAACCCAGACAUGUUUUGAAAUAGAUUAACCUCAGGCGUGGCUUACAUCUGUUAGACAGGGUAAGGAAAAAAUCAUACACAGUGCUGUCUCAGUUACACCCUGCAACAUGUUUCAUCACACAGUGUUGUUGCCCGUUUAUUUGCUACUGAUCUCUAAUUAUUUUAGGCUGAUGUUGCAUCUAGGAUUUAUUUCACUGUGAAAUUCAACAAUAAAAAUGACGUUGAAUACCA